AUGACGCGGUUUAACACUGGAUACUCGGUGCUCUAUCCCUGCUGGAGGGGUACCUUGCCAGACCCGGAGGAAGACACCCAGGUAGCAGACUAUGCUACGUACAUGGAUUUGUACGCCUACGAAGAGCAGAAGACGCUCUUCCCACCCAGGCAAAAACAGUUCGACCCUCAAGCACAAGAUAGCGUCAUAUAUGCGCCUGAUAAAGCGGUAGAUCUCACAGCCAUGUGGGCACGGCUUGAGCGGGAGGAAGAGCUUGCCGAGCCGUGUUACUUUUCUGGCACGGCGGACAGCUCUUUCUCUUUGUCGAACGAGGACUCUCUCGAAUACCUUUUUAGCGAGUCGGGGGAUGAUGCCAUGGACGAGGAUCAGGAUUUCCUCCUUCAUGACUUGCUGAACGACACUGAGUAUAUGGCCGCCUGCCAAAAUUUGUCAUCAGCCCCACCCCUGUCCUCGGCUGGCGACCUUUCUGCUUCCUCUAUCCAAGACAUGAUGGUCGUGGAGGUCCUACUCGAUUCAGAUUAUAUAGGCGACCAGACGAUGGUGGAUAGCGACCCAGACGGCUUGUCACCUUCGGGCUCGUCCGGGUCGUCUGGCACUCUGCUUUCGGCCCUAGCCUCGCCAUUCGUCCCAUCAUUCCUGAAAUCUGCAGGUGGAGAAAAACACGGUGCCCAGUUCCUCAAUCAGGUCAAUUAUGCACUCACGUCAGGAGAAUAUGAAGAUUUUCCGCACGGUUUUUCUCUUUCAUGUUCGACAGACUACUCCGCCUUGCCUACACCAGAGGAGGCUUCAUUCCCCAAAUUCCUGACGCACGAGUACGACGGAAUCCACGACUCGGCCACAUCUUUGUUCAAGUCCUUGCCGCAAAGCUCACCUCCUCGCAUUCCCGGGAUGAAGUCGGCGCGCAUCAAGAGCAUGGGCGUGUCUUUAUCUGACGUGCCUGUGCUCUCGUCACCGGAGAAGAGCCAUCUUGGUGCUCGACGCUCUGCGCGAAAGAUCUCGACAGGACCAGUAUUCUAA